CGCUGCUCGUCGCGCACUUCGGCGAGUGCCGACGAGAGUGGAGACGACAGCAACACGAGAACGUGCUAGGGAGUGAAUCCGUGAGCGGGGCGUGACACAGCGGUCGUUAACGAGUCGCCGUGGCUUAUAGCCUCGUUAGAAAGCUUAAUACUAGUGAAAGGGACAGUGAGUGGCGCAAGGGGAAGGGCCACUGACCAUAACCAGUAGAUAUUGUGACACGCUCGCGGCUACUCGCCGUCCGUUUUCUGUAUAAGUCAACCCAUAGUUUAUAUGUGUGGCGCAGGUACGAGAAGUGUGCUUAGCUUGAAAGUUUUGAUACUGUGAGCCUGACUUUCUUCACCGUAUGCAUCAGAGAGUGUGAUGAAAAACUGGGUGGUGGUUCGCCGACGACCGCGCUUCAUUUCGACAUGGAUUUUCGUUUGGGCCAUUGGCGGAGCCCUCAGCCUCGUGUCACUGCCUGGAAGACACAUCUGCUGGCAAGCAUCCGUCGGCGACGGGAUUCUCGAGUGGUUUGAUGCUCACCCUUUCGUGUCGGCUUGACGCUGAGCCAUGGUGGUUGCUGUGUCUGGGGCGACGCUGUCGGCCACGGACCAGUGCCUGUUGCUGCUGGGCCGUCCGGGCCGGUUCCAGUGGCUGGUGCUGUUCCUGCUGGCCGUGCUGCAGAGUCAGUGCGCGCUGAAUCUGCUGAGCGCGGCGCAGUUGGCGAGACCCGUCAGGCACCGCUGCCGAGCCAGGCCCAAUGCCACCAUCGGAGGCAGCGACCUCUGGCCCGUGGUGCUCGAGGGAGCCGACAGGAGGUACCACCCGUGCCUGCUCUACCGGGACCCCACCAAUCAACGGGCUGGCACACAACCUUGCACCGAUGGCUACGAGUACCUGGCCGUCGACAAGGCGGAGAGCGUCGUCAGCGAGUGGGACCUGGUGUGCGACCGUUCUUGGCUGGCCGACCUGGUCAGGCUGUACCUGAGGCCGGCGUCUUCCGCACUGGGAGCUCUGAUCUUCUGCGCGUGCGCCGACCGCGUCGCCUCGGGUCGCAGGACCACGCUGUUCGUGGCGCAGGCGCUGCAGGUGUCGUCGGCCGUGGCCCUGCUCUUCGUUCCUUGCUUCCUCGCCUUCGCUCUCGUCUACGCUCUUCAGGCUGCUUGCUCCAUGGCUAGCCAGCUGGUGUCGUUCGUGCUCAUGCUGGAGCUGCUGCCGACGCCGUUCCACGUGCAGGGCGCGUGCGCGCUCACCGUCGCCUCCACGGUCGGCUACGUCAUGCUGGCCGCGCUCUCUUCGCUCAUCUCCUCCUGGCGAUACGUGCAGCUCGCCCUGGCCGCGCCGCAGCUCGUCUCCCUGGCUUUCCUCUGGCUGGUGCCUUACUCGCUGCCGCAUCUUCUGCUACGGGGCCAGCUGGCGUCGGCCGACAUGACGCUGAGACGCAUGGCGCAGCUGGGUCGCGUGGGCCUGCCACCCGGUUCCGUCAAGCUGCUGCUGCAGUACGCCGCUGCGUCGCGGUCCCUUUUCUCCAGUGCUUACGGGGGCUCGGCCCUGAGCCAGCUGUUCCUCUACAAGCACAUCCGGCGGUACCUGCUCACCCACUUGUACCUCUGGGCGGUCGUUUCCUUGUUCCUGGCCAUACGCGUAUCGGAAAUCGCCACGCUGACCGGAAACCGGAGUGCCGACCUGUUCACGCGAGGAUUCCUCGCCGUCGGUGUUCUACUGCUGGUCUUCGUGCUGGCCGGGCGGCUGGGCACCGUCCGCAUUCAGACUCUGCUGCUGGCGCUCGGCGGGAGCCUCUUCGUGGUCGCGGGUUUCUUUGAGCACAGGCGCGUUGCCAGCGAGAAAGGCUUUACUGUUGACCUCUUCUUCUCCGGACUCUGCGCACUGUUCGGCUGGACAGCAGUGGUCGUGGCAAAGUCAACCAUGCUCUUUGACAUGGCAAAAUCCAUGCCCACCGGGACAAGGGCCUUUGGCCUGGGUCUGUGCGUAGCAGUGGGCAGCCUGGCGGAAAUCCUCGCCCCAACGAUAUCCACCUUGGGUGGCCUGCUGCCUUUCUAUCUGCCGAUGGCCGGCUGCGGCGUGCUGGUUCUGACCGCGGCCGGACUCAGCCUCGUGUUUCCGGACUCGUGGAAGCGGCCCCUGCCCCCGUCGGCGGAGGCUGCCGACGACGCCAAGCAGCACCGCCGGACGCGCCGUCGCGGCUCCUACUCUCCGCCCGCCAGCCGGCUGGGCACAGCGACCGCCUCUUCGCUACCCCUCGCCGACGACGCAGCGGCCGCGCUCACAGCGGCCAAGGUUACCCGCGCCAAGCAUGCCAGCAUGCGAAGCACGCGGACCACAUCGGAAACGUCCUGCAAACGGCCGCUGGACUCCAUGGACUCCAGCGGCAUUCCGCGGAGCACUUUCGCCGCCCAGAUGGUCUAUCCGGAAAAAGGAAGCGUCUACUUCCAGUCCUGCCCGGUCGGACGAAACGUAUCGCUCUCCAAGACGCCCACGCGGGCAAACUCCGUGUCGUCGGGCGACGACAACGAGUCUGACGGCGGCGAGUCGAGGCUCACCGACCUCGAGGACGAGCUCAACCGGGCGUGGGAGAUGGGCGCGCUCAGCUUGAGGUCGCCGCAGCAAAGGACGCGGCGCCAGCGCCAGCAGCACGACUUGCACUGCUUUGGCCUGACUCAGAAGAAGCCCUCUGAAGGAAGUUUCAUCAGCGAAACGGCUUUCUGAACACUAUCACUCAACGCUCUGUGCAACGAGCAGCCGCGCGGGUUUUGAACGCCCGUAUAUCGCGUUUACCUUUAUUGAGGGAGCAUAUCUCAAGCUUAUAUACUGCGCACCUACAACUUGGUUACAUGCAACACUUCCUUUGGUCGACGUAACCUUUGGUUGGCAAAAAAGUAAGCAAAACAUCGAUCACUACCGCAGCAAUUUGGGGCUUGUUGGUAUAUACCAUGGUAAAUGAUUUUGAAUAGCGCGAGCAUGUGAGAAUCAUACAAGGAAAGACGGAGUGCUAACCUCCAACAAACUUCAUUCGUGAAAAGAGCGGCUAAUAUAUACACUUUAACGACAGCACGUGACAGCAACUAUUCACCUUUUUAGGAAGUCAGUCUUUUUACCAGUCAAAAGCACUGACGGAGUACUCAGUCUGGACCGAGUCCUAAAAUCAGAUUGGCUUCCAUGAUUUCACGAGUCAGCUGGUCGCUAUCCUUACGGACGACAAUACGAAUACCAAAAGAAGGAUUUCAUCCGCAACUUUUACAAUGUGGCGUCAGCCAACCAUCGCGUGUAUUUUUCACAUUUGCCUGCUCACGGAUGCAUGUGCAUGGGUGAUAGCGCUAGCAAGUCUAGUUAGGGUGAAAACUCGCAGCUAAGUCUAUAUAAGUUAACGCAUGCAUUGCCUCUAGAGGACUCAAUCAUGAGUUUUAGACUUUUACUGUGUGUUUUCACCCUAACAUGACUUGCUAGCGCUGUUACCCACGGAGUAGCAAAUCCAUACUCGUAUUUCAACGAGCCCACUGUAAGCUCGUAAAGAGAGGGAUUGGAAACGGGUGUUUCCGCAAUGCACUUCAAAUGUCUUGCGCUCACGAGGUGGCUAGAAAUGCAGCUAAAGAGGUCCGAUGCUGGCUACUCGAUUCAUGUUCAAACUGCCGUAGCUGGGUCAGUGCUCAGAAGGAUGAGCUCUUGUGCGAGUUGUGCGCAACCCGACUCGGACAAAAGAAAGAAACAACAUUUGAAUGAUUCUCUACCUUCACAAAUGUCCCAUAAGCUCAAAAAGAUAGGUGAACGUUCCAAAGCUAAAGUAUCUUCUCUGCGCCGUGCAAACUAAGUACGUUAUGUUGUUUAAGCUGCUCUGUUCAAAAGAGCUUAGUUAAUUAACGCAACACAGUUUGACAGCUGUAUCUACAGCAUGGUUUAUAAGAUACCCCUUUCGUGUGGCUAGCUGCAUGUAGGUCGGACUCAAUGAUCGCCUCCCACUCAGCUAGAGCAGUUUGGACAUGAAUCGGGUAGCCAGCAUCGGACAACCUCUUUAGUUGCAUUUUUAACCGCCUCGGGAGUGCAAGACAUUUGAAGUGCAUUGCGGAAACAACCGUUUGCAAUCCCUCUCUUUACGAGCUUAUAGUGGGCCCAUUGAAAUACGAGUACGGGAUUUGUUACCGCGUGGGUGAUAGCGCUAGCAAGUCAUGUUAGGGUGAAAACACACAGCCGAGUCUAAAAAUAUGAUUGCGUCGUCUACGGAUAAUUCAUGCGUUAACAGACUAUAAGCUGUGCGGUUUCACCCUAACUAGACUUGCCAGCGCUAUCACCGUGAGCAGGCGAAUGUGAAAAAUGCCCGCAAAGGUUGGCUGGCGCUUCAUUGUACAAGCUGUGGAUGCAAGCCUUCUUUUGAUGCUUGUACUGUUGUCCGUAAGGAUCAUGACCCGCUGACUCGUGAAAUCAUGGAAGUGAAUCUGAUUUUAGGACUCUGUCUAGAUUGCGCGAGUACUCCGUCGGUGCUUUUGACUAAUAAAAAGGUUGACUUCUUAAAACAGUGAACAGUAGCUGUCACGUCCUGUCGUUGAAAUGCAUAUUAGCAGCUGUUUUCAGGAAUAAAGCUUGUUGGAAGUUAUUCAAAAUCCUUUGCCGAAACAUCGAGAUUACUGCAAUGUAACAUUUAACUCGCAAAGUAUGAGAAUAUGAGCAGCUUCACUAAAGUUAUUGCGAUAAGAGCGCGUUUGCGUCGUCCUUACUGACGUUGAGCUUGCUACGUCUUAUAGCGCAAAGCACAGGUUAUACGUAAUAUAACUCAUCGUAUCGCUGAUAAGAAGUGUGCCUGACAAACGCUCUGCUACAUGCUUGACCAUGCUCUGUCUCGAUUGCGUUUUCGUCUGCCAUGUUUGCGCCAGGCCGGUAGCUGAGAAGAAAUCGCGUGCUGUGUUUAUCUUGACAAGUUUCCGGGGAGGACGCUGCAGCGAAAACGGCUCUCAGCAGCGUUCAUACCGCUGAUGUGUGAGGUUGUCAGUUGUCAUAUCGUGAAUAAAAUAAUGUAAUGUCUGUCUCA